AUUAAAAAACCAAUAUGGUUGCUAAAUUUUGGGAAUUUGCUGUCCGUGUAAAUAGUUGAGCUUGUAAUGCUAUUUAAAAAGAAAAAUCGUUUUAUUCUUUACCAAGCAUGGCCGAAAAUGACCUGAUUGCAAGGUUGCCGUCCUAUGAAGAUGACUUUCGUGUUAGCGCCAUUGAAAAUGUCAAUGAACUGGACUUCAUCAAUGAUGAUGAUAACUUGGAUAAUUUGUUUUUUCAUCGUGUCGACUCUGCACAAAUUAUUUACCAGCCCCGUCGUCGACGAGCCAAGUUGAUAGGUCGAUAUUUGAUGGGAGAUCUUCUUGGUGAAGGUUCAUAUGGAAAAGUCAAAGAAGUUUUAGACACAGACAGUUUGUGCAGGCGCGCUGUCAAAAUUUUGAAAAGAAAGAAAUUGAGAAAAAUUCCAAAUGGAGAAGAGAAUGUUAAAAGAGAAAUUCAGUUUUUGAAACGACUGCAUCAUAAAAAUGUUAUUAAUUUAGUUGAUGUUUUAACAAAUGAAGAAAAACAAAAAAUGUAUAUGAUUAUGGAAUAUUGUGUUAGCGAAUUACAAGAGAUGUUGGAAGGAGUCCCAGAUAAAAAAUUUCCAGUAAUGCAAGCUCAUUUUUAUUUUUGUCAGUUAAUUGAUGGCUUAGAGUACUUACAUAGUCAAGGGAUUAUACAUAAGGAUAUUAAACCUGGUAAUCUGUUAUUAACAACAAAUGAAACUCUGAAGAUAACAGAUUUAGGAGUAGCUGAGGCAUUACCACCAUUUGCUGUUGAUGAUACUUGUAAAACCAGUCAAGGUUCACCAGCCUUUCAACCUCCCGAAAUUGCUAAUGGUUUAGAUACAUUCUCAGGAUUCAAAGUAGAUAUUUGGUCUUCUGGGGUAACUUUAUUUAAUAUAACAACUGGUAAAUAUCCAUUUGAAGGUGAUAAUAUCUAUAAAUUAUUUGAAUGUAUUGGUAAGGGUGUAUAUCAAUUACCUUCUGAUAUGGAAACUUUAUUGUCUAGUCUCAUAAAUGGUAUGUUAGAAUAUGAUCCAAAGAAAAGAUUAACUAUAGAACAAAUUAGAAAUCAUGAUUGGAUACGUAAAAAACAACCUGUGUUAUUAGACUGGGUCAAGUUACCUCCUAAAUCAGGAAAUGAUGAUGAUAUAUAUCGUAGUAUGACAGUUGUACCCUAUUUAGAAGAUUUACACUAUGGUACACCAAGUGAAGAAGAUGAAGAACAAUUUUUACCUGAUGGCUUUACUCAACCAAUACCCAUUACACAAAGUAAGUUUUAUUUGCAGUAA